AUGUCAUCAUCAACAGCACCGAAAAAAAUUGCAAUUGUUGGUUCGGGUAAUUGGGGAAGUGCAAUUGCUAUUCAUAUUGGUGAAAAAGUUCGUAAAUUAAAAGGUCAAUAUGAUGAAAAAAUUUUAAUGUGGUGUAGAGAAGAAACAUUAGAUGAUGGAAGUAAAUUAACACAAGUUAUUAAUAAACAACAUGAAAAUGUUAAAUAUUUACCACAUGAAAAAAUUCCUGACAAUGUUAUUGCAGAACCUGAUCUUUGUGAAUCAGUUAAAGAUGCUGAUGUACUUAUAUUUGUUAUACCUCAUCAAUUUGUUAAAAAAACUUGUGAUCAAUUAAAAAAUAAAAUAAAAUCAACUGCAUUUGCAUUAACAUUAAUUAAAGGAUUUUAUGUUGAUGAACAAACAAAUGAUCUUAUGUUAGUUUCACAAUUAAUUAAAAAUACAUUAAAUAUUCCUUGUGUUUGUUUGAUGGGAGCUAAUAUUGCUCAUGAAGUAGCUGAAAAAAUUUUUUGUGAAGCCACAGUUGGUUCACGUGAUGAAAAACAUAGUGAAAUAGUUCGACAAUUAAUUGAUACACCUGAGUUUCGUUUACGUUUUUAUCCUGAUGUUGAAAUUAUUGAAAUGCUUGGUGCUUUAAAAAAUGUUAUUGCUGUGUGUGCUGGUUUUGCCGAUGGUUUAAAAGCUGGUUUUAAUACUCGAGCUGCUGUUCUUCGAUUAGGUUUUCGAGAAAUGGUUAAUUUUUGUCGUCUACUUGAAAAAGAAUCAACACCAGAACUUUAUUUAGAAUCAUGUGGUAUUGCUGAUUUAAUUGCAUCAGCAUUAGGUGGAAGAAAUUAUAAUGGAGCAAAAAAAUUAGCUGAAACAAAUAAAUCAUUAAAAGAAAUUGAAAAAGAAGAUCUUAAUGGACAAUCAUUGCAAGGUCCUGGAACAGCUAAAGAAGUUUAUCGUUUUCUUGAAGCAAAAAAUUUAUUAGAUAAAUUUCCAAUGUUUCGUGACGCUUAUCUUAUUUGUGAACAAAAACUUGAACCAAAAAAAUUAUUAGAAAAUCUACAUAAUCAUCCUGAAUUUCAGCAAAAAUAA